UACAAACACGGAAACAUGUUACGUAUUGUUUCGAGGAAGCGCUGGUGUGAGACUCGUCUUUAGGUCGCUGUUGUGAUAAACUGGGAAUGUCGAUGUAGAGGAAUGGACAGAGAAGCGGGCAGAGGAAUGGUUCACAGCAGAACAGAGCCCGGGGACCAUGAGGAAACUCUGUAUCAGUGCCAACUCAUCCAGAACCUGGUGGACAUUUCCAUCUCUAGCCUGCAGGCUCUCCUGACCAGAUGCGCCGCAUCCGACCACCUCAGCCAGCAAGAGAUCCGCACUUUAGAGGCUACAGCAGGAAAGCUCUCAGUGGACGGCUUGCUACAAAUGUCCAGCUCUGAGCUGCAGGGAACAAUGAGACGCUUGGGUUCCAACUCAGAAGAUCGUUCUGACCUCACUUCUGCCCUGUCCUGUCUGAAGAGUGCUAAUGAAACAGGAGGUGACCCGAGGCCUGAAUCAGGCUCCUGCAACUCUGAGCCCCAACAGGACAGUGACACCUUCUCUCCUAUUAGCCCUUCCACCCCCCUACAGCCUACCAGUGCCCAUGGCCGCUCCAUCUCCAUAUCAGUGUUACCUUGUUCAGAUGACCAGAGACCUUACAUAUCACCUGAGGAAAUGACUGAUGCCUUCGUCCUGGAUCCAGGCCCCCCUCCAGCCACCCGAACCUCAAAGACACGCACUGCUAAGCCCUCCUACACACCACCACCGCCUUCCCGCAAACUGCUGCAGUUCUUUCCCAACAUUACAAUGACAAGAAGCAAGAGUCAUGAAUCACAGCUGGCCAACCGCAUAGAGGAGCCUGCUACACACAAGUUGGUAUUCAAGAUAAUACUGCAGUUAUGUCUUUAAAGGUGGUAGAUCAGAGUCUCCUGUUUGAAAAUACGCCUCACGUUUCACCUGCUAAAUAUCAACCGAAAUAAAAACAGUUGAGAAGUAA